AAAACUUUCACAGAAAAUAGGAAAAAAAUUUUGAGAAAAAAUAGCAAAGACGCCGUUCAGUCUUUGCCAAAUACAAUUCAAGUACAAAUCCCAACCGUUCAGUCUUCCAUUGCUCAGAGCCCUCCUCUAUCUUCAAACUGAAAGCGGUUUUCAGAGCAGGUUCCAGAUCGCCGUCAUUUUCGAUUUGGCGACAUGAAGCGGAGUAGGAGGAAGAAUGUUGGUGGUGUGGAUCGGAUCUCCGACUUGCCAGAAUCCAUCAUACAUCAGAUUAUGUCUUUCCUUCCUGCAAAAUUUACUAUCUAUCUUCGCCCUCCUCUAGUUGGUCUCCAUUCUCCGGCGGCCCCAAAAAUGGAAAAUCAGGAGUGAAAUCCAGCAGAUCCAUGCGGUUCUGUGAGAUUGUGGCUCGAAAUUGUGUUGCAUGUCCCUUCAGAUCUUCAUUCUACCCUAUGAAUGAAGAUAAACAAAACAUUUUAGCUUCAAUUAUUCAAUUUUUUGGGAGUACUAAUCACUUGUUGAACCUACCACAGCUCCAAGCAGCCUCAUUGCAAGAUUCUGGAACUUUCAUAGAAAUGUUGGUGAGGAUGGCAAAGGAUUAUCGACUGGAUUUAUUUAGAGGCCCUUACAGAGUGUUUGGUUUUGUCAUUAACUGUCUCACUGAAGUUCAGGAGCAUAUUAAUAUGCAGAUAGAGCCUGCAUCGUAAUCUGCUUCAGUCCUGCAUAAAUGCUCUAUAUGAGAAUUAUCCAACCGCCCUGCUCGCCAACCCUUUGCCAUCCUCACCAACAUUUCUACGAAAGUUCGAGAAUCUGCUGCUUGGAGCUGUGGUGGGUUCAACAAGUGAUUAGUAAUCCCAAAAAAUUGAAUAAUUGAAGCUAAAAUGUUUUGUUUAUCUUCAUUCAUAAGUUAGAAUGAAGAUCUGAAGGGACAUGCAACACAAUCUCGAGCCACAAUCUCACAGAAGCCGCAUGGAUCUGCUGGAUUUCCUUCCUGAUUUUCCAUCUUAAGUUUCGUUUUAUUUUGUCUUUUCUACAUUUCUUUGGAUAUUUGUUGCAUUUUUGUUUCUUCCUUUUGAAGAAUACUGGGUGUAAAAUGAUCUUUUGGAGGAAAGGAUUAGAGUUGCCUUUGAUCAAUUAUAGAGUUUUGGUAUUUGAGACUUCCAUCUUGAUAUUUAAGUAGCUCUUGAAUUAAUUUGCAUUCAAGAG